UUAACACAGAUGCAUCCAUUGACAACUUAACACAGAUGGAUGUGAAAGACUCAAAUGACGUUCAGAGUGGUUUGUAUGACUUCUGUUUCAUAAGUGACAACUCAGAAUGGGAGAAUAAUCUGAUGGAAGAAUUGCAGGAAAGGAUACCAGAUAUCAAGUGCACCAGGAAGCAAGAUUUGAGUAAACUCAACAAAGACAAUUUAAUUACAAAGAUAGAGAAAAGCAAGAAAGUAAUUCUAGGAUUUUCAACACAAUCAGUGACUCUGCAUUCAAAUUCUGCUGCAAAUGUUGUCGAAGAAAUGCUGGUUGAAAAUACACUUCAUCAUGCUAAGUUGAUACCAGUGAAAAUAUCAGAAGAUGCUUUUGUACCUCCUGAUUUCAAAUUGUUUACUGUGGCCAAUGGAUGGGAAAAACAGUUUGUUGAAAAGUUGGAAGAAACCUAUGAUAAAUCUAUGAAAACCUACAGUGACAGUUCAUACGAUCCCGAAGAUCAGGAUAUGAAGAGGAGUGGCUCAGAAACAUCUCUAUCAAGCUUCAGCUCUGGUUAUAGCACUGGAACUGACAUGACCUCAGAAUCAACAGAACCAGAAGGUGAUUAAAUUCUUUCACUUAGCAGUUUAGUAGGAAAUGUUUUUAUAUACUAUGUGUGUGGUGAAAUU